AUGGCUCUCAGUUUACUUCCAGGAUUAGGUAUUACAUUUCAAUCGAUCUUUGUUGGUGGGAACCUUGUGACAUCGGCGUUGUUCGUUCCAGCUCUCCGCAACACCAACAUACCACCUUCAAAUCAAAUCAAACUUUGGGAGAAAAUGUUUAUUGGUGGGGCAAAGCUUAUGGCGCCUUGUGCUAUUUUCAGUGCUGCGUCUUAUAUAUAUUUGGGAUGUAACGCUUCCAACAGUUUCGAACAAACAUCAAUGUUUAUCAGUGCUGGCUUCUCUUUCUCUGUGAUCCUAUUCACGACUAUUGUGAUGCGUUCGAAUAUCAGAUAUAUUCAGGGCUUAGUGGGUUUAUCGGACGAAGAUCUUGAAUCCAAAGACUACGGCUCAGCAAUUAAUAAGUGGAAUAAGUUGAGUAUUUCUCGUUGCUUGCUACUCUCACUUGGAUUAGUCAAUAUGUUGUGGUACCAAUAUAAAAGUUCUUGA